AUGUUUUAUGCACAUUUUGUGUUGGCCAAAAAGGGGCCUUUGGCCCGUAUAUGGCUGGCUGCUCAUUGGGACAAAAAAUUAACGAAGGCACAUGUAUUCGAGACUAACAUAGAAAAAUCAGUAGACGGUAUAUUACAGCCAAAGGUUAAAAUGGCUCUAAGAACGUCCGGACAUUUAUUAUUGGGAGUCGUACGGAUCUACUCGAGGAAAGCCAAAUAUUUAUUGGCUGACUGCAAUGAGGCUUUUGUCAAAAUCAAAAUGGCCUUUAGGCCUGGUAUGGUAGAUCUGCCGGAAGAGCACAGAGAAGCAGCUGUAACAGCUAUCACUUUGCCGGAAGUGUUUCACGAUUUUGAUACUGCUAUGCCGGAACUCAAAGAUGUAGACAUCGAAGCUCAAUUCAGUUUGAAUCAAUCCAGAGCAGAGGAAAUAACAAUGAGGGAAGAUUAUGGCAGUUUAUCUUUAGUCACGCACGAUCAGGGUUUCGGCGACAUGAGUUUCGAUGCAGAACCGCCGGAAUUACUACGACACGGCAGUGGUAUAGAACCUUCACUGGACCAGAGCCACAUGUUGUUCAGUGACGGUCCGGGAAUAGAAACAACUUUGGAACAGAAGGAGAAAGAACCGGUUGCGGGGACAUCUGCAACGGCGCAACCCAUGGACAUAGAUACUCCUAUCAGGGAUGAUGGUUUCGGUGGUCACCUUGGUCAAGACAUCAUAUCGGGAGGACUCUUUGAAGGUGGCUUAUUCGACGAAGCUCCAAUGGGCGAGGUGCCUGUACCUGAAGUGAGCUCGAUAACUGAACAACAGGAAGGAGACGCAGCUCCCGGAACUGCUGCUUCCGUUCACGAUGAAUCUGACGAAGAUAUGGGCGAUCAUUUCGGUGGUCCAGCAUCACCAAUGGGAGGCAUGAGUUCUGACGAGUCUAGACCUGCUACUCCAGCUGCAACUGGAGAGGAAAUUGAAGGUAGAAUAAGUGUCGCCAGUCGACGCUUCACACCAGCUCCGCCAGUUAUGCCGGAGGAACACGCUAUUGAUAAUGUAGAAGAACCGCCACCUCUGCAAGACCAAACCACAUUGCUGCACGAUGAAGAAGAAAGCUUUGCACUAGCUCCGAUCGAUGCAUCCGCUCUGAAAGGUUUCACGAAAGCUAAGCGUAAACGUAAGCUCAUUGUCGACGAAGUGAAAAAUAUUUCCGGCGAAGAAAUGAAGGCGCAGCUGUCGGAUACUAGCGAUAUUAUCACAACGUUGGACUUGGCACCGCCUACAAAAAGAUUGAUGCACUGGAAAGAAACUGGCGGCGUGGAGAAGCUCUUUGCUUUGCCGGGAAGACCCAUUUCAGCUCGCGUUCUGUUCAAAAAUUAUCAGAGACACCUGACCAGCAAGUCUUACGAUCAUGAAGACUUUGGGCGACUUGGAGCUGAGGAAGAUGGUAUGCCGUUGGAGCAAAUGAGAGAUGCUCCAGAAGCGGAGGCGUCCUACGAACAGAGUAUUCUUAAUAAGCGUACAGGACGAAAGCGCAAAGCGCCACAGGAUGAUGAGAUAAAGCAACCACAACCACCCCAACCGACUCCAGCUGAUGUCAGUCAACCAUUAAUUGACGAGGCAGAAAUUCCGAGCAUGAUCGGACACAAUCUCGCUUCGGAAUCGACCGCAGCACCCGAAGCACCCUUAUCGGCAGAACCAUCGGUUUCUAACAUAAGUAGCAUUCUGCCUUCCGCGGAGGCAUCGGAGGUAGCACCGACUGCCGAAAGGUCCUUGCUUGGUUCGGAAAUGCCACAGAUCGCACCAGCUGAGGUCGGUUCGAUACUCGGCACACAUGAAGAACCGCAAGCAUCGAUGCCGGCACAAGAAGAAGCCGCUGCUGCGACAGUACAAACGUCCGACAUGCCGCAGAUGGAGAACAUGGGUUACGAUCAAGCACAACCGCAAGUUUCGUACAUGGGCUAUGACGAACAUCAUCCUCCUGCGCAUACACCCGGCGCGAUUUCUGAAAGAGGACCUGCUACACCUUGGAACCACGAAGAUUACGAGUUUCCACCGUCUGUGGGACCUCAAGAGGAACAACAAGUGGAUGAAACUUAUGAACAGUUCGAGGAACGCGUUCUUAACAAACGAGCGGCACAUAUGUAUCAUGUUAUUAAGAAUAAACUAGAUACCAAAGAUAGAUUAACGCUAUCGGAAAUGGCAUUCAAAAAUAAUCGCAAACAGGUGGCACAGAAAUUUUACACUCUCUUAGUCCUGAAAAAGUUCCAAGUAUUGGAACUCAAUCAAGAAUAUUCAUAUGCAGAAAUUUUAGUGACGAAAGGACCAAAAUUCGAAAAUCCUGCAUUGUAAAGGUAUUUACUCUUAGUUAUAAACUUUGAAUACCAGCAGAAUAGAAAUUAUAUUGUAGUAUACAUAACAUUUAUACAUAUAUAUACAUUCUUUUAUAAAUAAAUCUUUAGAUUAAUAUUGAUUAUGGAAGUGUAUUUUGAUUUGAAAGAUAGGAAGAUGUAUGAUCACUUCUUUGUAUGCCCUGUCUUGGAAAGAGAUGCAUGUUGAAUAUUAAUCGUUGCAAAAUCACACAGUUGACAAUUAUGUUGUAUUCUCUUUUUAUGCUAAAUUGUCUGAUUAUUAUUCUGGUAAACUCUUGUUUAAUCUUCCUAAAUUUUUAUUCCUCCAGAAAUUGGUCAUGUCUGUUGCAUUACUCACCAAUCCGAACAGGGUUUGUAAAUAAGAUUAGCAAAUAGUUGAAAAAUAUUUUACAAUAUAUGUACUAUCAUUAGUGACUUAAAUCUAUAUUACAAGAAGGUCCAAAACUGUAGACACGUUAUUGGCGUAGCUUGCUAAAUUUUGAUAUAAUUAUCGAUUUUCAUUGGAGAAUAUUCAAUAGUAGAAUAUGAUGCAGUUAAACAUUUCUAGUGUACUUUGUAAGAAUUAAUUCGGUAAUUUUUACUUAUGCAAUACUAUGUGCAUAUUUAUUUGUAACGUAAACAGUUAUUAAUGGAAAACUUGAUCCAACAUUUGUGAAUAAUAAUUUUAUGUAUUAUUUUUUUUUACUGUCAGAUUUUUCUAUUUGUAUUUAGUCAAAACUUAUUUGACGUGUACAAAUACAACUAUGCAUCGAGUUUUAUUCCUUAUAGUGCAGAAGGCACAGAAUUUAUAAAAACUUCUUAUAUCUCACCUAAAUAUUAAUAUAAUUUGCAUUAUAUUACAGAAAAAAUAUUUUAUUCUUUAAUGAAUAAAACAGCUAAUUGAAUAAAAAAUAAAUCAACAAUUUAAUUAUGGUGCUAACUAUUUUCUAAAGGAAGAUAGUGUGUACUAGUAGUGUCAGAGAAAAUUGUUUACUGAUUUAUUGUUGUAUUUGUAUACUUAUUUUAUGAGAUAUAAGAAUGUUACAAAGAACAAACGAUAUAUUUUAACUAUCGUUCAUUAUUAAAAUUUUGCACUAAGAUCAUAUACAUUGUAAAUAGGCAUAGUUAUCGAGAUAAUAAAACAACUUGUUAAAGUAUCAUAAGAAAUAAUUUAGUGUUGUAUCAUGAAAUUUGAACGAAUCAGUGAACUGUCAUGAUGUAGUGCAAACAAGUUGUAAAUAAUAUCUAUUUAUCGAAUCAUCGUCUAUUCACAAAUAAAUAUCAUUUAUAUGUAACAUCGUUUAUAUAAAUGAUAUUAAACCAUGUGAACAUACAUAUCAUAUAAUACUUAAAACUGUUAUUCCAUUAUUUUCCAUUAAUGAACUGUUAUACAGUAUAACGUAUAUAAUAUUGGGUUAACCGGAAAGUUUUGCGAAUUUUCUUAGCAAAAUUCCUAUUCUUGAUACAGAAUUUUGCGUUUUUGAAUUUUGCUAAAAAAAUGAACGAAUCGUAUCUGACUUUCCGAUCAAUCCAAAAUAUAUAAUUGAUAUGAUAAUUUAUUAUUAUAAGUUACUAGAAUAUUCAUUCGUCAAUCAUUUCUUUGUAACUUGUAUUUUUUAUACACGCGACAUUAGAAACGUGUGACAUUUUAUUUUAAUAUCAUAUGGCACAAUAUUCGUUUUAUAGAUUAUUAUAUAUAAGAUUUGUGUAAAACUUUUACGAGAAAAAUAACAGAUGUAUAUCACAUAUUUUUUUUUAAUGUCAAUAUCACAAUAUGUGUGCAUAAUGCGUGUGGUUUGGAGAGCAAUGCGUUCUUUCAUUGUUAAGUAACUUAUAUUGUAAACGUGAAUUUUUGGAUGACACCGUAAUAUGCUUAACAGCAUCAAAUACAUUAUUGAUGUAUUGUAAAUACCAUAGUUAUUAAUCAUAAAAUUUCUUUAAGCA